UCUAUUAAAUGUGGAAUGUGGGAUUCCAUGCUUGAUACUUCCGAAACUUUACACCAACAAGAAGUAGCCAACACAAUUUCAGAGAAUUUUGAUAAUUAUAUGAGCGUAAAAGUUGAACCAGCUGAAAAGGAUGUCCCGCUUUUGGACAGGACUAAUGUGAAGCAUGAAAAUGGGAUCACAGUGGAAGAUAUAAUGAAAAAAGUUACAGCACACUUUGAACUUGAUGCAGAUACACGGGGAUAUAGAAAUCAGCCUCGAGAUAAGAUACGCCUCUUCUUGAGGGAGCUUUACAAGUGUGAGUCUUGGUUAAUCGAGCAUUUUGCAGUUAAAGAUUUUGAGUCACUUGGUUAUGGCGAAUUUCUGAUGUUCUUGGAAAAAUAUGUUGACCUACUUCCCCAUGCAUUACAAAAGUGCUUGAUUGGCGAUCCAAUUGAAAAGGCUUCUGUGGAAGCUUACCUUUUACCACUUCAGCUCGCUGUAUUACUCUCACAAGCUUCAAAUAACAUGUGGGGAAAUGAAAACAUAAGCACGCAAAAUGUCUCUGAGUUACUAAUAAGGCAGUUUCCAUUAGUCAGUUUCAAAAUAGUGGAAAGUGAAUCUGUGAUAAACUUUGUUGAUAUUAGAAAAAGCGAAGGCAAUCCAAGUUCUGGAUGUGUUUUAUUUUCCGCAACUUUGUCAGGAUUGCCUCGUUUUGGAGAUUCAUCAGUAUCUGAAACUUCAAGGUUGGAGAUCAAUAGUUAUGGUAAAGCUGGUAUGGUUGGUGUAGUGACAACAAAGGAUGCAGUCGAAGUCUUAUGCAGGGCACCGAUGUUGGCCGAUCUAGAAUUGUGGUCACAUUGGGACCUUGUAUUUGCUCCUUCCCUUGGUCCUCUUCUGCAAUGGCUGUUGAAUGAGGUAAACACGAAGGAAUUUAUGUGUAUGAUGACGAAGGGUGGCAAAGUGAUCCGUUUAGAUCAUUCAGCCACCGUAGAGUCAUUUCUAGAAGUCUUCCUUCGUGGAUCUUCAUUUGAAACAGCGUCGAAACUAUUAUCUCUUAUUUCACUGUAUGGGGGUGAAAGAAAUGUCCCAGUAUCUCUACUAAAGUGCCAUGCACGCCAAGCUUUUGAAAUUCUUCUCAAGAACUUCCAGGAAAUGGAUAGACAGCAAUCUGACUGCUCAAGUCGUUCCACGGAAACAGGAGCAAUUGCUAUGGCAUCACGGUUUACACUUGAUUGUCUGUGUUAUUUACCUAUUGAAUUCUGCAGUUUUGCCGCUGACAUACUGCUUGCUGGAUUGAAAUGUUUUGUCAGAAAUGCUCCUUCUGCCAUCUUGUGUGAAUGUGAGAAAAUAGAGCAACGCCUCAUGCUUCAUGAAGUGGGGAUAUCUCUUAAUGUAUUAGAAUGGAUUGGUGAUUACCGUUUGUUCAAUUCCUCUACAUCUUCUAAAGCAUCAGUCUCUUCACAAUCUUCUUGCUUGAAAGCUGCAAGUUCUGGCUUCAGCAUGACUUUAAAUAUGCUAAACAGCUGUUCUUCUGGAGGUAAAAUGAUGAUCUCCAAUCAGAUUAGCACGUGUGCAGAAGAUUGUGUAGGAGCCAAUGAGAUUUCCGUGGAUAAUUCUAUGAGGAGCUUAUCUAAACUUGAUACAAAUAAUGAUCCUGCCAGAAUAAUUGAAACUAUUCGGCUGGAAGAAUUUGGUUUGGAUCCAAGUCUUUCAGCUAUGGAAACCAGAACGUUGAAGAAGCAACAUGCUAGGUUAGGGAGGGCGCUUCACUGUCUCUCACAAGAAUUGUAUUCUCAAGAUUCACAUUUCAUCUUGGAACUGGUUCAGAAUGCUGACGAUAAUAUUUAUCCUGGAAAUGUGGCUCCUACUCUGGUAUUCAUACUUCAGGAAAGGGGCAUUAUUGUCCUAAAUAAUGAGCAAGGCUUUUCUGCUGAGAACAUCAGAGCACUCUGCGAUGUUGGAAAUUCUACAAAGAAAACACAUUUGGGAUAUAUUGGAAAGAAAGGCAUUGGCUUCAAAUCCGUGUUCCGGGUAACAGAUACUCCAGAAAUUCAUUCGGGUGGAUUUCACAUCAAGUUUGACAUAACUGAGGGACAGAUUGGUUUUAUUUUGCCAACUGUUGUUCCACCAUGUAAUACCGACUUGUAUGCCAGGCUUGUGUCUGUAGAUGAUGAUCAAAUCAAUAUUCACCUUUGGAACACAUGUAUUGUGCUACCUUUCCGAUCGAAGUCGCUAGACGUGUGUUCCAUGAAUAACAUUAUAUCAAUGUUUUCUGAUCUUCAUCCAUCUUUGCUACUAUUUCUACGUCGUCUUCAAUGUAUAAAGUUUAAAAACAUGCUUGAUGGUACACUCACUGUUAUGAAAAAAGAAGUUUUUGGUAAUGGCAUUGUUAAGGUUUCUGUUGGGGAGGAGAAAAUGACAUGGUUUGUAGUAUCACAAAAACUGCAGGCUGAUGUCAUUAGACCAGAUGUGCGAACAACAGAAAUAUCCAUAGCAUUUACGCUGCAGGAGACAGAAAAUGGAGAUUAUAUCCCACAUCUAGACCAACAACCUGUUUUUGCAUUUCUUCCUCUACGAACAUAUGGGUUUAAGUUUAUUCUCCAAGGCGAUUUUGUGUUGCCUUCAUCCAGAGAAGAAGUUGAUGAGGAUAGUCCAUGGAAUCAGUGGUUAUUAUCAGAGUUCCCUGGCUUGUUUGUCGGUGCUGAGAGAUCUUUUUGUGAGCUUCCUUGUUUUCGAGAGAGUCCAGGAAAGGCUGUUUCAGCUUUUAUGAACUUUGUUCCUCUUCUAGGUGACGUGCACGGAUUCUUCUCUAGCCUUCCCCGAAUGAUUAUUUCUAAAUUAAGGGUGUCGAACUGCCUUAUUUUGGAAGGUGACAAGGAUGUAUGGGUACCUCCAUGCAAAGUUCUAAGAAGUUGGAAUCAACAAGAUCGUGCUCUUUUACCUGAUAGCUUGCUUCGAGAACACCUUGGCCUCGGAUUCUUGGAUAAGGAUAUCAUUCUAUCAGAUUCAUUAGCAAGGUCUCUCGGUGUGGAGGAUUUUGGUCCCAAAGUUCUACUCCGCUUUUUGUCUUCCUUGUGUUGUUCCAAGAAUGGUAUAAAAUCUAUGAGUUUGAUUUGGCUGUCUUCUUGGCUCAAUGCUAUUUAUGUCAAUUCAUCCCAUUCUUCUGAGACAACUUCCCUAAACUCUGGUGCUGGAUUAGAUCUCUUAGUUAAUCUGAGGAAAUGUCCGUUUAUUCCUCUUUCAGAUGGUACAUAUAGCUCAGUGGAUGAAGGUACAAUAUGGCUACAUUCUGGUGCCUUCAGCGCCAGGACCAUUGAUGAUUAUAGUCAAGAAACCUUUCCAAUUUUGUAUGCAAAACUUCGAACUGUGAGUCCUACUCUUCUUUCUGCAGCAGCUGCAGCUGAAACCUCAUGUUUUGAUUCGUUUAGCGUGGAGAAUGUUACUAGGAUGCUCUACAGAGUUGGUGUCCAAAGGUUAUCAGCACAUGAUAUUGUAAAGGUGCAUAUCCUACCCACUAUAUCUGGUGACAGAGAUACAUGCGUGGAGGAUUUGAUGACAGAGUAUCUUUCUUUUGUGAUGUGUCAUCUGCAAUCAAGUUGCCCCAACUGUUGUACAGAACGGGCAAGCAUCAUGACAGAGUUAUGCAGUAAAGUUCCAAUUUUGACAAAUUAUGGCUACAAACGCCCUAUUGAAGUCCCAAUUCAUUUCAGCAAAGAUUUUGGGAAUACCAUUGACUUGAAUAAGUUGUUAAGUGGCACAGAUGUCAAAUGGCAUGAAGUUGACUCUAUCUAUUUGAACCAUCCAGUCACAAAAUCUGUACCUGGCGGAAUGCUGAAGUGGAGGUGUUUUUUCCAAGACUUGGGCAUUACUGAUUUUGUACAUAUUGUUCAAAUAGAGAAGAAUUUUGUUAAUGUAUCAGAAGAUACAGGUAAGGUGUUGGAUGGAGACAUGUUAUCUAAAGGAUCAGUUGUCAUAGAUUGGGAAUCUGAAGAGUUGGUUCAUUUACUGGCACAACUGUCGUCAAAGGGUGACCGGGAGAAGUGCAGCUACCUCUUGGAGAUAUUUAACACGCUGUGGGAUACUUGUUUCAGUGAUAAGGUCACUGGCUACUGCUGUGAUGUUUCCGGUGAAAGAAAACCUUUCAAGUCCUCACUGAUCAGUAUGCUUCAUAAUUUUCGCUGGAUCAAUUCAAGUAUUGAUAUUGAGCUUCAAUACCCCAAAGAUGUCUUUUACGAUUGUGAAGCAGUGCGCUUAAUUCUGGGUGCUAGUGCUCCUUAUGCUGUUCCAAAGGUGAGUGACAAGAUGCUACGUGAUAUUGAGUUCAAAACUCAAGUGAUGUUAGAUGACAUGUUAUCUGUUCUAAAAGUGUGGAGAAGAUCUGCAUUGCCAUUCAAGGCCAGCGUAUUACAAAUGUCCGGAUGGUACUUGAGGAUUUGGAAGGAGAUGGCUACUUCAAAGCUAAAAAUCAUUGAGGAUUUAUGUUCUGGUCCGUUCAUAUUUGUUCCUUGUUUAUCCAGUUCUUCAUCUGAGGAUACAGUACCUGGCGUAUUUAUGUCUGCUCAAGAAGUCCAUUGGCAUGAGUCAAUUGUUUCCAUGAACCAAGCGGAGUUGUUCCAUCCUAAAUGUGACUCAGAUGUGCCUUGUUAUCCCUUUAGCAAAGCAUUAUGCAAUGUUUAUCCAGAUCUCCGCGACUUUUUUGUGAGAGAGUGUGGAGUGAAUGAAAAUCCUCCUCUCUGUAGCUACCUAGAGAUUUUGUUGCACUUAUCAACUAUUAUGUUACCAUCACAAGCAGCUAGGGAAGUUUUCCAGGUAUUUGUAAGAUGGGCUGAUGGAUUGCAAUCUGGAUCACUGUGUUCGAAGGAUAUUGAGUACUUAAAAGACAGUCUUUUAAGAAAGGAAUAUACAGUGCUACCCACUGCUCAAGAUAAAUGGGUUUCUUUGCACCCUUCCUUUGGCCUUGUUUAUUGGUGUGAUGAUGAUACGUUACAGAAGGAAUUCAAAAGUUGCAAUGACAUUGCCUUUCUUUACUUUGGCGAACUAACAGACGAGGAAAAACAGGUCUCUAAGGAAAGGAUUUCAACUCUCAUGCAAAGAUUAGGAAUUCCUGCUCUAUCAAAGGUUAUAACUCGUGAGGCAAUAUAUUAUGGGCCGACAGACAAUAGUUUCAUAGCUUCAUUGGUGGAGUGGGCUCUUCCAUAUGCUCAGCGCUACAUUUAUAAUGUGCAUCCAGAUGAUUAUUUACAGCUAAAGCAGUCUGGAUUUCAUAUCCCAAUAUGUCUAAGGAUUAUUGUUGUUGAAAAGUUGUUCUACAGGAAUGUUCUAAAGGGGUCUCAUCUUGCAUCUAAGAGACGGUCUGAGUGUAGUUCUCUUCUGCAGGGAAACAUCUUGUAUGCUGCUCGGGAAUCAGAUUAUCACUCUCUAUACAUGGAACUUUCUCGUCUACUGUAUGGUGGAAAUCCUAAACUGCACUUGGCAAAUUUUCUUCACAUGAUUACAAUCAUGGCAGAAUCUGGUUCCUCUGAAGAACAGAUGGAAGUAUUUAUUCUGAAUAGCCAAAAGGUUCCAAAACUCCCAGCCGAAGAGUCUGUGUGGUUGCUUUCAACUGUUUCAUCUUCAGCGGAUAAUGAUGAAGCGUUAAUGCAGCAGCAUCGUCUGUCCACCACAAUUGAGGGGAGAAAUUCCAAGAAGUUUAAAAAGAAAACUGGGAUCAACUCAAAUUGGCCACCUGUUGGUUGGAAAACCGCACCUCGUUUUAACUUUCCCCAUGUAAAUCUACCUGAGACACGAGCAGCCUGGAGCCUGCCAACGAUUAAAAAUCAUUCCUUGGAAGAAACUAGUGCACAAAAAGAAUAUCCCUUUCCUACCGAACGUACCAUGGAAGGUGAUCAAGUACCAAGUUCAUCAGCGGCAGUUUCGCUAGAAUCUGAAGCCUUGGAAUAUCUGUCUGAACAUGUGAGCAACAUUGUUGCACCUGAUACGAGCGUGGAACCUACUUCUGUACAUGGAUCGAAUUCUUGUGAGAGAGAACAGCUUUGUUUUGGCACAACAAAUGCAAAGCAGGCAAUGUUGACAGGCAGAAUCGGAGAACAGGUAGCUUUCAAAUACUUUGUGGAAAAUGCUGGUAAGACUUCGGUGAAGUGGGUGAACGAAGUUAACGAGACCGGCCUGCCCUAUGACAUUGUCAUAGGAGGUGAAGAGGAGAGUGAAGAGUACAUAGAAGUUAAAUCUACCAAAUCUGCUAAAGACUGGUUUGCUAUAUCAGUGAAAGAGUGGCAAUUUGCAGUUGACAAAGGUGAAUCUUUCAGCAUCGCCCGCAUUGUUUUGAAAGACAAUAAAUUGGCAGCAAUCAAAAUAUACAAAAAUCCAGUGAGACUUUGCCAAUUGGGUGAGCUCCAGUUGGGAGUUUUGAUUCCUAAACAGAUGGAGUCUUGAAUCAUUUCCUAAGCCCUGCUUAGAUUCUAUGUAUCGUCAAAUAGUUAAUAUGAUUCCUCAAAAUCUUUGACUUAUCGUCUCGAUGGUUAAAGAUUUGUGCUACGCAUCCAGAGAUGAGGAAGCUUUGAAACUUUCUGUGCUUGCUGAAGAAUUUGUUGGCAAUCUAAUCUAACAGUGACAAAUGAGGGUAAUGUAUUAGUAUAUUUAGCUUUUAUGAUUGUGUGUAUUUGUGUAUAUGCAUCCUGCACACAUUUCUCCUUAUAUAUUUAGUAAUUAAUAUGUUUUGAUAUAUUACCAAAAGAUUUGUAAGUUAGGAUUUGUUAAAUAGAUGGUUUUAUCUUGAGUUUUA